UACCCUUGGUGAGAGGGGCAACAAUUUUCUGAUAUUUUUUUUUUUUUUUUGUCUUUCCAACCCCUCUUUUUUUAUAUACACAACAUGUCAUUUGUAAAGUCCAUUGUCAAUGCCUCUGCUUUAAUAAAGGCCUCAGCUCCUAAGAGAGCGUUUGCUUCAGCUGUCGAAACCACACCUAGAGUUUUCCCCACAAAGAUUCAAGCUUUCCUCCGUGAUUUCAAGACCAAUGAACCAGUUUCGUUCAUUGAACUUGACAAGAGUGUAUUUGGAGCACCCAUUCGUCGAGAUAUUCUUCACCGUGUGGUUGUCUGGCAACGCGAUGGUAUGCGUCAAGGCACAGCUUCCACUAAAAGCCGUUCUGACAUUCGUGGUAGUGGUAAAAAAGUGGCUCCUCAAAAGGGUCGUGGUAAAGCAAGACAAGGUGAUAACAAGGCACCUCAUAUCACUGGUGGAGGUAUCGCAUUCGGUCCCAAGCCUAGAGAUCACAGUACCGAAUUACCUCGUAAAGUUCAAGAAUUGGGUUUGAGAGUGGCAUUGAGUGCUAAAUAUGCUCAAGAUCAACUCAUCGUGGUUGAAUCGCUUCAAGAUCUCGAAACUCCCAAGACACGCGACCUUUUAGACAUCAUUCAAGCUUCUUACGACGGAUCCAAAAUGUUGGUAGUGAUUGACGAUUGUAGUUUCAACCUUGAAUUAGCUUCUCGUAACAUUCCCAACUGUGAAGUCAUCCAUGUGGAAGAGACUAACGUUUUGGACUUGAUGACCUAUGAUAAGUUGAUUAUUGAAAAGAGCGCCAUCGAGACAUUAGAAGAAGCUCUCAAGGCCGAAUAAGAAAAGAAAAGAAAAAACCUGUACAAAAAAAAAAUAUCAUUAUUAUUAAAAGAAAAAAAACAAAGAAAA